CUUCUAUCUGGUCGGAAGUGCCAUUGUCCCUUUCGAGUGGUGGCGAGCCCACCUGAGUAUCGCGCGAGUGGGUCUGGCUGGACAAAGCGCAGAAAGCGAUGACCGCAUGGUGGAAGGCGAAGAGAUCGGUCUGUUUGGCGUUUGGGGUUGGUGUGUGAUGAACAGUGACGAAAUUGCUCGCUGCUCAGCUGCCAAGUUCGGGUACACCAUGGAUGCUCUAGUAGAUGACAUCGGAUUCACAAACUUCUCAAAAGGCUUGCUUCAAUUACCUAACGGGAUUUUCUACGCCUUCUUCGUACAUAGUCUCGCUGUUACCUUGUGCGGACUGGCUCUCCUGCUGUGCGUAUACCAUUGUUGGCUUCGUCACCUUGUCAACAACUCCAGGCGUACAGCAGGAUGGUUACAGCAUGGAACAAUUCUGGCCUCUGCUUUGGCCGCCCUGGCAGCGUGGAUUGUCGACAAGCUUUUUGUCUUUUUCGUAAAGGAAAAACUCAAACUAGACAUCACUCGGGAGAGCAGUGACCAUGUGGUUGAAAGCGGCGCGAUUGCCCCUUCAGUGGCAGCGGCGACUUGCCUCCUCCUCUGGAGCUUCGGCAUGUCUCUGUUUCCAAAUCUGAUCGUACACCUGCGUCGCACUCACUCGUUUGUACGCGAAAGAGAGCGUGCCGUCGAAGAUAGCCUGGAACGAGGCGAGUCUGCGACUUACCUGGAGUCGCAAGCGGCCAAAGUCAAGACCAAGUCGUCAAAACGAUCAGCUGCGAAGCGCGACACCGAAGAACAUGUCUCCAGGAGCACAAGGGAGAAACGUCGUCGAAGAGAGACGUUGACAAAACCGGCACGCUACAGGAAGCGCGAGAAGCAGAGGGUCGCCAGGCGCAAAGCCAAGAGGGCCACCCUAAUCCAGAAGCGCCGAUCCACCUGGCUUCCCCCCAAGAGCGACACGGAUGACGACAGCGGUAGUGACAUCUCAGUGGAUGACUACGACGAUAUUGAAAGACGGCGUCUUGAAAAGCGAUGGGCGAAGGAAGAGGCUAGGAAAGCGGCCACUGCAGGCAAGAGCAAGAGCUCUGCAAAGUCGGGUGGACCGGCCCGUAAAGCGGUCAGACGACUCAGCACGUGGUAUCACGGCGAAAGUGACGAAGAGGAGGAGCAGGAUGAUCAACGAGGCCGGAGGCGGCGGGAUACCUUGGGCCGCAGAGUAUCUACCUGGUUUACGGAAAUGCCUCAGAUCCGGGGGAAGAGGUCGAAAGGCACCAGGUCUCGUCAGGGCGGAGGCCGUACCAAGAAGGGCUGUCGUGAUGCGACUGACGAUGAGGAUGACGACGACGUCGACAUUGCCGAAAUCCUCAAGCUAGCGCUUGAUAGUCCCGACAAGUCGACCCUCGGAAAGGACGACAUCAGUGACGACGAGUUUCUCGAAUGGACGGAUGACGAAGUCAAAGACGCUGGUUCCGGGAAGAAACGCGGUAAAUACUCCUAGAGGCCAAUAUUGUACAUCCGGGA